AUGUCUUAUAUAAGACCGCGUUAUAAGAAAAAAAUGGAUAUACAUAAACAUCGAUCGAAGGUUGCAAAAAACGUAGCUUCCUUGCCAGGAAGCCGAGACAGGGUUGGUGGUCCAGUAAUCGUAAUUGAUCCUCCCAUUGAUGGAGGACGGAUUUUAACAAGGACUUCAUCAUCACCGGAAGUCGCAGCUUCAUCUUUUCCUUACGAAGACUUAGUCUCCCUUCUCGGAUAUUUUGCAGAGAUCGCUGACAAAUCGGCUGCUUCUAAAGGUUUUGUGGUUCUUGUAGACGCAAGAAAAGUUCCACCAAAAGCAUUGAAAUCGAUUCUUAGAGCUUGCCAGCAAGCGCUUUAUAAGAAAAUAAGAUUAGCUUUGAUAGUUCAACCGGACAAAUUCCUCAAUCAACAGAAAAUUAAUGUCGACCUCAUACUGGAAGGAUAUGACUUCAGGACAGUUUUAUUGUCAGUUCAUAAGUUGUCAAAAUAUAUUGACAUAUCACAGUUAACUGAACAGUUUGGAGGGACCUUUGUGUAUGAACCUGAGCAAUGGUCAAAUGAAAGAGAGAGAAUCGAAGCCAUUUUACUCAGAUUGUUCAAUAGAAAACAAGAUUUCAUUACGCCAAACUAUGAAUGUCUACCAUUAUCCAACAACGAAGAAGCGUUCAAAGACGCUGAGGCGCUUGCAACUGAACUCACUCAGAACAGCCACAAUCAUGAUCACCAAGCAGCUUCAGAUAUCAUAAAAAAAGCCAUCGAAGAUGUUAAGAUGGCUGCCACACGUCCUGAACGCGAAGCUAUUGAACAGAAAAAAGUAGAAGAAGCUCAAGAAAAGAACAGAAUGCUCGAAGAACAUGCAGAAGGAGUUAACAGACUAUUGGAUUGGAUUGAAGGAGCAGGCGAGCGAUGGCUUUUAACAUUACACGAAAUCGGGGAAAGUAAAGAUGAAGCCAGACAAUUGAUGAAGGAACAUCAGCAGCUAGCAGCUAAGAGCAAAGAGCUGAUAAACACGAGUGAAGAGUUAGCCGAGCUAUCCAGUAGACUCAUGGCCGCUGUACCUGCUCACGCUAUAACCCUUGAAAAGGCGAGAGACCAAGUACGUGUAAUAGCUGAACAGUUUUCCAAUCGUGUAAACCGUCAAAUGGACAUGGCUAGGCGUAGUGAAGAAUUCCACACAUUAACAGCUGAUCUCACAAGAAAAACUGAUUUACUGUUGGAAUGCUUAUGUACGGAUCCUCGUGUGACAGAUCUGGCAGGUGCAGAAGUGGAAAGAGCAGCGAUGGAAGAGAAAGUUGCUGUUAUGGAUAAGAUCUACGAAACAGUUUGCAAUACUGGAGGUUCAUUCAUCGAAGAUUUGGCCUCCUCUGAAUUUAGAACGGCUGGCCGAAAGGUGGUUCGUGAUUAUUCUGCAGGAAUCGCUCAUAUAAAUGACCAACUUGCAUCUGCAAGAGAGAGAAGAAGAAGAUGCCUGGAUUUGGUAGAUGUGAGAAGAUUGAAACUGCAACAGUUUGUACAGUUAUAUACUUGUGAAAAUGAUGCUAAUCAGGCUAUCAAAUGGCUAGAAGAAUUACAUGAUACUUUACUGAAGGACUAUAAUCAAGUUGGAUGUGAUGAAAAUGAUUUGCAAUGUUUACGUGAAGAUAGAAUGAAGCUGGAAGAAACUGCCAGGAGUACUUAUGAAUAUGGAAAGCAACUCUGUCAGGUCGGAAUGGUUCUACGUCGCUCCUUAAGAUUAGACGCUCUGCCACAGACAAAUAUAACUGAAAAACUGGAACAGACUUGGGGACGGUUGUGUCGAGCUCUAUCAGACAAUGAAGCGAAGUUGAAUGUAACUGAUGCUUUCAAUUCAACCAUUGUUGAAAUAAGGAGGCGCAUCGAAGAAAUAGAGAAAAAAGCUAAAGAUAUUCUACCUGGACGUGAUAUCGAGAGUAUUCUCGCUGUUGAACGUAGACGAUUAAGUGAAGACAUUAGGGAAUUAUCGCAUAUAAAGGAUAUGCUGUCAACUCAAAUCAAUGCCAAUCAUAACGCGCCAGUGGAGGCAAGACAACAUGCUAUAACCGGCAUUCGUAGAAAGGUGGAUGGGAUAGAAGACAGAUAUAGAAGAAUGGAGAGUUUGUUCACAGAGUCUCCUACAGAACAAAAAGAGGAAACUUACCAUGUUCCACAGACAUCCAAUCCCGUUAAUGAGAAGGAAUCUCUAAAUGUUCUUUUACAAGAUAUGCAGCGACAGCAAAAACAGCUUCAGCAAGAUUUAGACGAUGAGUUAGCAACUAUAAGACAAAGACCUAGUAUUAAUCAUUCAAUCGUUGUUGAAUCUCUCCCAGAACGUAAUCAUCAUAUCCAAAUGCGAAAUACAACUUAUGGUGUAGGAAGUAUACGUUUGAGUGAUACAGAGAGUUAUCUCUAA